AUGGCGAAAAAAGAAGGAGAAGUUGUUUGUGUAACUGGUGGCAGCGGCUACAUUGGGUCAUGGCUGGUCACUCUGCUUCUCCAACGCGGAUACUCCGUCCACGCCACCGUCAAAGAUCUCAAGGAUGAGAAGGAGACGAAGCAUCUUGAAGAAAUAGAAGGGGCAGAAUCUCGGCUCCGUCUAUUUCAAAUCGAUCUUCUCAACUACGACUCUAUUGUGGCUGCCGUCACCGGAACCACCGGCGUCUUCCAUCUUGCUUCUCCCUGCAUUGUUGAUGAAGUGAGCGACCCGCAGAGCCAGCUCCUUGACCCGGCUUUAAAAGGGACGAUUAACGUCCUCACGGCUGCCAAAGAGUUCGGAGUUCGCCGCGUUGUAAUCACUUCAUCUGUUUCUGCAAUCCACCCAAGCCCCAAUUGGCCUUCGGACAAAGUCAAGAAUGAGGAAUGCUGGACUGAUGAAGAUUACUGCAGACGAGAUGGGGUGUGGUAUCCGCUUUCUAAAACACUUGCUGAGAAAGCUGCUUGGGAGUUUGCUAAGGAAAAGGGUUUGGACAUUGUUGUGGUGAAUCCUGGGACGGUGAUGGGCCCUAUUAUCCCUCCAUCUUUGAAUGCGAGCAUGUUGAUGGUUCUUCGUCUUCUCCAGGGGUGCACUGAGACUUAUCAGGAUUUCUUCAUGGGAAGUGUUCAUGUUAAAGAUGUUGCACUUGCACAUAUCUUGGUCUAUGAGAACCCACUGGCAAACGGACGACAUCUAUGUGUUGAAGCCAUAUCUCAUUUCAGUGACUUUGCCGCUAAGGUUGCUGAACUUUGCCCUGAAUAUGACAUUCCUCAGUUGCCUAAGGAUACUCAACCUGGAUUAUUAAGGGUCAACGAUGCUUCGAAGAAACUGAUUGACUUAGGCCUUAACUUCAUCCCUAUGGAGCAGAUCAUCAAGGAUUCUAACUGGGGCCAAAAGGUUGAUCACAAUGGAAUACUGCCUGGAAAGAUUUGUUAUGAAGAUACAGAGGGAGAGGUGGUAUGUGUAACUGGUGGCAGCGGCUACAUUGGGUCAUGUCUGAUGAGUCUCCUUCUCCAACGUGGCUAUUCCGUCCAUGCCACCGUCAAAGAUCUCAAGGAUGAGAAAGAAACGAAGCAUCUUGAGGAAUUACAAGGGGCAGAAUCUCGUCUCCGUCUCUUUCAGAUUGAUCUUCUCAACUAUGACUCGAUUGCGGCAGCCAUCACUGGCACCACCGGCGUUUUCCAUCUUGCUUCUCCGAACAGUAUUGAUGAAGUUGGUGACCCGCAGAAAGAGCUGUUGGACCCGGCCUUAAAGGGCACUAUCAAUGUGCUCACAGCUGCCAAAGAGCUCGGUGUGUGGUAUCCACUAUCUAAAACACUUGCUGAGAAAGCUGCUUGGGAGUUUGCCAAGGAAAAAGGUUUGGACAUUGUUGUGAUAAAUCCAGGGGCUGUGAUGGGCCCUUUCAUCCCUCCAAGUCUGAGUGCAAGCAUGUUAGUGAUUCUUCGACUUCUUCAGGGCAGCUCCGAGACUUAUGAGGAUUUCUUCAUUGGAUGUGUCCAUAUUAAAGAUGUUGCACUCGCACAUAUUUUGGUGUAUGAGAACUCAUCAGCUAGGGGAAGGCAUUUAUGUGUUGAAGCCAUAUCCCAUUAUAGUGACUUUGCUGCUAAGGUUGCAGAGCUUUGCCCUGAAUAUAACGUUCCAAGGUUGCCGAAGGAUACUCAACCUGGAGUGCUAAGGGACAAAGAUGCUUCAAAGAAGCUGCUUGAUUUGGGCCUAAACUUCAUCCCUGUGGAGCAAAUCAUUAAGGAGUCUGUAGAGAGUUUAAAGAUGAAAGGCUUUCUUCCUUGA